AUGUCUGGAUCAUCAAAUGUAUGGAUUCGCACUCGAGAAAAAUUGCGUCUUUUCCCUGAACUUUUCGCUGAGUGUUCGCUGGAGGCUGCAGCUUAUGGCAAGUGUGUAGCAGCCACUACUACGAACAAACAAGAACUAAAGAAGGACCUGUGUGCCAAGGAGUUUGAGGCUCUGAAGACUUGUUUUACUAAUGCGGCCAAGAAGAGAAGCAAAUAA